CUGUCCGCCAUUUUAGAAAGGGCCCGGAGGGAGCCGCGCUCCUCCCAGUGGGGACGCGGCGCUCUGCAGCCGUCCGGCGGCGCGGCCCGGCCUGACCUCCGCCGGCUGCCGUAGGCUGGGCGCGGGGACAUGGCGGCGGCGGUGCGAGGGGCUCUGGCGGGGAUGCUGCGGCCGCUGGCGCGCUGGGCUCCCGUCGCUGCGGGACGAACCGCGUCCGUCCGGUGCUGCCACGGCCGAGCGCGGGCGGCGGCUCCGCUGGCGAAACCGCUGGCCCUCAGCAUCGUGCCCGGCGCGGGCUCCUCCGCGCUGCUCAGCAGACUCACACCUCUACUUCCAAACAUACUUCAGCAGCCCGUGAGGCCUGUCACUUACUAUGGUCUACGGAAGGGAAAGAGGAAGUCUGUGAAAGCUGUUGUUAAGAGGUUUCUCCGACUGCACAGUGGUCUUUGGGUUAGGAGAAAGUCUGGUUACAAGAAGAAAUUGUGGAAAAAGUCUACUGCCCAGAAGAAGCGUUUGAGAGAGUUUGUGUUAUGCAACAGAACACAGUGUAAACUCCUGGAUAAGAUGACCACUUCUUUCUGGAAAAGAAGAAAUUGGUAUGUUGAUGAUCCCUACCAGAAGUAUCACGACCGCACAAAUCUUCCUGUAUAGGAAUAUUUAAUUAUUUUAUAAAUAAACAUAUGCAUAUCAUCUGCUCAGAAUUAUGGCCCAAAAUAAAGGAAUAUUAAAGACUAUUUUGAGGAGCAGUUUGUGUUUUACUUGGCAGUGAUGACAGCCAGACUUGUCAUCUAUGUGUUCGGAUGUCUGGUGGUUUCCUAUGAUUGUGUUUAAUGUAAUGUUUGUGGAUGAAUACAGUCUAAACAUGACUAAAAAACAGUGAAUAAUUUAAUUUUGAAUUUUGUUAAUAGAAAUGUGUUUAACUUAAGGGUAUUCUUUAUGUCUCUGCUUGUUGGUAGCUCACUACAUGGAACCUUCCUUGGGUAUGGGAAGAAAGGAGAGAGGGAUUCCAGUGUUGCUGCUUGUUACUGUACCAUGCAAACUGUUGCCCUGUUUCCAUGUUACAUUCAGCUUUGCUAACUUACUUAAAGAGGCAUUAGCCAAAUUUCUUAAUAGAAAAUUUCUUAA